UCUCUCCUCACCACAACAGCAGCAGCAGCAGCAGCAACCAUGCCCGGACACUUUGGUCAGAAGAUUCUCAACACCUUCGGCAUCGACCAUCACGGUCACGGCCAAGGUCAUCCUUACCAACAACCGCCCCCACCAGGGGACAACCGGCUCGCCGGCAACCGCAUCAUCCACAACGACGAGCGUCUCCUCUCCAACCACCCCGCGGGCACCUACCCCCGUCUGGCCCGUCUCAGCGACGGCCGGAUUCUCGCCUCGUUUACACGCUUCUACGGUGGCGGUGAACGCGCCCUUCUCGUCUCCAUUAGCACCGACAACGGCCACACCUUUACCGACCAUGGCGAAGUGACUCGCGGCCACGGCGACGUCGACAACAUGUUCCUCUUAGAAGUCGGGCCGGGCGUCGUCCUGGCCGCCUUCCGGAACCACGACAUUGGCCCCGACGGGCCCACGCACUUCCGCAUCACGGUCUGCCGCUCCUACGACUCCGGACACACCUGGUCGUUCGCCUCGCAGGCGGCCGAGAAACCCGCCCCCUUGGGCAUCUGGGAACCGUUUAUGCGACUGGGUCGCCGACCGGGCGAGAUCCAACUCACGUACUCAGAAGAGUUCGCCCACAACAACCAAUGCACGAUGCUCGUCCGGUCCUACGAUCAAGGAUCGACCUGGACGCCGCCACAAUGUCUGCACGGGGCGGAAGAUCCCCGUCGCGACGGGAUGAACGGGAUCGCGCGCACCUGGGAUAACGGACGGGAGGUAUUAGCGAUGGUAUUUGAGACCACCAGUUACGGGACAUUUGACGUGGAGAUGUUGCUCAGUUAUGAUGACGGGGAGACGUGGGGAUGGCGCCAGCAGGUGUAUGUCCCCCCGCCGGGCCAUAAUGCGGGGGCGCCGCAGAUUGCGAGUCUCGGGGAUGGAUCGUUGGCGGUGAUUUUCAUGACGGAUGAGGAUUGUGAUGAGGUGUGUUGGACACAGAAUGCGUGUGUCAAGGUGGUGUUUGCGGGGCCGCCCAAUGAGGGCCGGGUGAUGUGGACCAGGCCGACCAUGGUUUGUGGCGAGUCGAGUCAUUGGCCGGGCAUUUUUACCCUCGAUGAGAGGCGGUUGUUGGCGUUGUAUGAGUGUGGAGGUCCGAAAGCGAAAACGAUUGCGUUGGAGAUGUAAUUCUGAUGUGGAUCUGCUUGGACUAGACGUCGUGCAAUGGGUCUGAUUAUAUGAAUGAUCGAAUUUAGGCUUGAUGAUCAUAUUAGGGAUAUGAUAGAUAAGAUCGGAAGCUCCCUCCCGCCGGGCCGGACGACAUCCGAGCGCGGGUUCGGAUCGGGGGGGUGCCGCGCGACACCCAUUGGCCACACCCUCAGAAGCAAUAUGAACUAUCUAUACCUUGCAGCCUCAAACCUCUAAAUGAU